AUGGGUGAUAAAAAGAUAUUGUUCGAUGAAUCUGACCAAGAAGCAGAGAUAAAUGAGCUUGAAUUCCGAACCAACAAAAGCUACGCCAAGCAUUACGAUGAGUUUCGAAAGAAAGAGAUACUUGGCCAAUUGAAAAACUUAAAGGAAGAAAUUGGUUCGUCGGAUUCGAGCGAUGAUGAGACCACUGAUGAAGAGAUAGUUGAUCCGGAUUUCGACAAGGAGUUCUUUCGGACUCUGGCCUUUUUGAAGCGUAAAGACAAAAACAAAUACACCGAAAAGCAGACAUUCUUCGAAAAUGUGAAGCCUAUCGAGGAAGUGGCGCUGGUGAAGCGUCAUCACAAAGAAAAACCAAUGACCGUAAAGGAUUACGAGCGGAAGGUGAUGCUGGAAAAGGGGGGCAUGUUUGAGGAUGAAGAUGACGAACGUCCGCAACCCCGGUCCGAUUCCCCAACAUUAGUGGAGGAAGAAAUGAAAAUUAAAGACGAAAUUAAGCAAGCGCUGAACAAACUAGGUGAUGAGGAAAGUGAUAAUGAGGAAUUGCAACAAGGAAAGGGGGGAGGUUUGCUGAAGCACCGGAAGAAAACCGUCGCCGAAACAGAGAAGGAACAGUCGGACUUCAUUCAAUGGUUGGCGGAUAAGAAAGCCAAGGAACCACCGAGCGAGGAAGUAAAGGUGCUGGAACCGUUGAAAAACUUUUGGAGCAAUGAAAAGCUGUCUAAAGAAGACGCUUUCCUUAAGGAUUAUAUUCUCAACAAACGGUUUGUUCAGAACAGUGGCGAAGUGCCGACUUACGAUGAUAUAGUGGCUACUUCUGAAGAUGAAGAGGAGCUGGAAAAGCAGGAGGAUUACGAGCGAAAGUAUAAUUUCCGGUUUGAAGAACCUGAUUCCGAUUUCAUCAAGCAAUUUCCACGCGUAGUUGAAGAUUCUGUCCGCGUGGAACGCAACAAACGCAAGGAAACCCGGCAAGCGCUGAAGGAACGAAAACAGAAAGAAAAAGAGCAACAAAAGCAAGAACUCGAGGAACUGAAGGCGAUAAAGUUAAGGGAAAUUCGUGAGAAAAUUCAACGCCUAAAGGAAAUAGCAGCGACUGAAAAAUUGGCCAUGAACGAAGCAGAUUUGGAAUCAGAGUUUGAUCCGGAGGAACACGAUCGACGCAUGAAGGAUAUGUUCAACGACGAGUACUAUGGGAUUGAUGAAGGUGAUCAAAAGCCCGAAUUCCCGGAUUUGGAUGAAGAGCUAGGUGUGGAAAACUAUGACAUCGAGCGGUUGGAUGACGAUAAAGCAGACGACUACGCUGGCCCCCAUUGUGAGGAUGACGAUUUCGUGAUGGAUUGUGACUACGAGGAAAAGAUGCAAUCCGGUAAGAGUGCAAAAGAAUCGCUUCAGCAGGAACUAUUGGAUUCCACAGGGAAGGGUAAGAAAAAGGGUCGUCGGCAGUCAAAAUUCCGCGAGGUGUUAAAGGCCGAGAAACCGUUGUUCGACCCGGAAGAUGAGAAAACGUACGGCGAGUACAUCGAUGAGUACUACAAGCUAGACUACGAGGACAAAAUCGGCGAUGUGCCAUGCCGCUUCCGGUACGUCGAAACCGUACCCAAUGAUUUUGGUUUGUCUAUAGAGGAAAUACUGACGGCAAAUACGAGAGAUCUCAACAAGUGGGCAAGCGUGAAGAAGGCGGUCCAAUUCCGUCCGAAGCAUGUGGAGCUGAACGAAAUAGAGAUGUACCGUCGCAAAGCUGCAAAUGAGUUUAUGAAGCGAAAAAUAUUGCCUAGCCUUUAUGCCGAAGAAGAAGAAGACGAGCAGAUGGAUGAAGAAAUUCAGAACCGCAAGAAAAAGGUUGCGGAGAAGAAUGGUAAUGGCGUAAUGAUCAAAAAAGAGAAAAUCGUUACGAUAAAAGGCGAAAAGGAUAAUGCGGGGACGGAAAACCACAGCGACUGUGAACCAAAAGCGGCAACCAAUAGUCCAUCGAAAAAAACGAAAAUUAAAAAAGAAAAAUUAUCCGCUAAUGAAGAUGAUAAGAAACAUACGCCUAAGGCGAAAUCAGUGUCUAAUGCACAAGACACAGGAACAAGCAUUAAAACCGAAACAAAAGCAGAGAGUAGUUCCGGUCCUAAGAAAAAGAAGAAAAAGAACAAGGAAACUAGUGGAAACAUUGCACCGGAAGAAGCAACCAGUUCUAGCCACAUGAAAGAGAUGAAAACUAAACCCAAUUUAGAGAAAAAGCUAGACAACUCUAACAAUAAAACUAAAUUACAAAAUAAUCCCCACCAUAAGCGGAAAUGGGAACAACGCGGAGAAGGAACCCACAACAGCAAACAGAACGGGAAUUGGAAUGGUUCGAAAAAGGCUCGCUUUGACCAUACAGGUUCUGGUGGUGACCGUAAAGGUCGAGGAAAUGGUGCUGGUGGUCCAAAGCAGGUGGAAAACGCAGCCGAUCAGCGGUUGCGGGCGUUCGGAAUAAAUCCUACCAAGUUCCGCAAUAAGCAAGUUUACGGCAAACCAGCGUUAAAAAUUUCGUUAAAUGUGGAACCGGUGAAUAAACGUAUAACAUUUGAGUAA